AUGGCUGAUGAAGAGUAUGAUGGCGAUGACGGCGGUGGAGAUUAUGAUGAUAUGGUUGAAGAGGACACUAACAUAGAAGAGACUGAGGAGCAAGAGGAAGAGGGCUACAAUGUCCAGUGCGUUGCCCCGGGUCAAGCUGGUGGAGGAGUUGAAAAAUCAAAGAGAAUUACUACUAGAUAUAUGACCAAAUAUGAACGAGCUAGAGUAUUAGGUACUCGAGCCCUCCAAAUAGCCAUGUGUGCUCCGGUUAUGGUCGAAUUGGAAGGAGAGACCGAUCCUCUACAAAUAGCAAUGAAAGAGCUUAAGCAACGUAAAAUACCUAUUGUAAUAAGGCGAUAUCUCCCCGACCAUUCUUAUGAAGAUUGGAGUAUAGAUGAAUUAAUUAUUAUUGAUCAUUAA